CAUCAUUUUUUUUUUGGGGGUAAAAUCGCAAUGCAUUAAGCCCCUGAGCCCACUGGAUAGAACGUUAUAGCGUUUAGCCGUUUGCGCUCCGCCUCGCCCCCACGCCGGUACAGGCACACGGACGACGAUGAUAAUUGGUUGCAUCUCUGGCUUCUUGAUUCUUCUUCUCCAGAUCCUUGCGUUUCAUCCUUCUCCUGUUAGACCCUCUCCUUCUGAUCCCAACGCUUCCUACAUUUUGCAGGACGUCUUAAAGGCAAUUUCGGCCAAACAGAAAUGGGACUUCGACGAUGUUAGAGUUUCUAAGUUCGAUGUUGGCAAGGCUCGAUUCAGCUCCUCCCUCAAAUAUGAGUUUCGAAUCGGGUUGGGCAGGAAUUAUUUGCUCCUCAGGUCUUCGGACCAAGUUGGGUCUUGGAACAAGUUUAGAAAGCCCAAAUCUGACCUGGGGUCUCUGAUUCGUCGAGUGAGCUCACUUGCUGUCCUUGAUACCUUCAAAUUAGAGGGUCCAUUUGAGUUAGGGGUCGAUAGACAUCACCAACUGACUCUUUCCUUGCCGAUGAAUAUCUCGUAUACUGGUUUGAAACACGUUCUUGUUGGUGAAGGCAUCACAUUAGAAGUGAAAGGAGCUCAAGAAGUCUCUCUUUUUCAUUCAUCAGAUCUUGAUCUGCAAACAAAUGAAAGCACUUUGUUUAACAAAGGGACGAGUGGUUUUUUGCCCUUUAUGCAAUCAAUGUGCAUGAGUCUAAUCCCUAUACGCAUAUUAGGCUCCGCAUCAUUAGUUGCCUACAGAGCUCGGAAUCCUGAUUUGUACAUAGAAAAUACAUAUAUUUCGGGGGACACAAUUGAGCUGCUCCCAGAAAAAUGUUACCAUGGUCUUGUGUACAGAAAGCGAGCAUGCCCCAUUAAUUCCUUUAAUCUGAGAUUAAAUAUGUUGGAAAAAGUUUUGAGGAGUCUUCUGAGUCGUAGGAUUCUUCAAAAUCAGGUUUCUGGUUUGGUCAAAGUGAAUGUUAAAGCAUCAUCUAAUGUCAGGUUUCCCAUAGAGUUGGAAAGAGUAGUUGGGAGCAAUAUCACUCCCAGUGGUGCGUUGCCCAAGUGGAGAACAAGACCCGGUGUAGAAAGAGAUUGGUUUCAGAUAUGGGCCAGAGUCGAGGCUGACAGACUAAAGCCUCUCAUGGUCAAGAAAUUAGAGCCUUUUAUUGAAUCAGAUUCAAUUUCCUGGGGUAAUUUGAUGUCUAAUGUGUCCUUUACAAAGUUGCGAUCUGUACUUGUUCCCCCGGAAGCUCUUACAUUGGAUGUGAAAUGGUAGGAGAUGCUUUGUAAACUGUAACAUAGCUUUCGUUUCGUAUAAAUGGGCAACGUUUCUAGAUUUUCUUGUUCCUUGUUAUAUAUAAUAGGUUUUGACACUGUAAAAGAAGGCUGAUAUUGGAUCUUGUAAAUACUCCAGGGAAAAAUGGAAGGCACAUUUUGAUUUGUCUUUUACUCGCCCUUGUAGAUUUCUAGUCUUGGUUCGGAGAAUUUAAUCCUAAUUCUUUGGCA